UAUUUACAACCGGAAUGUGCAAUGGCCGCCGCGUUUCGCGUGACGUGCGAGUGUAUAGUGAUAUUAUAAAAAAUCGACUAUAAGUUAAAAACAUGCUUGUAUUUGUUAGGUGAGAGUUAAUAUUAAGCACAAGUUAGCGGACUACAUUACAAUGCAAUGUGCUACUGAUAAAACGAUACCCGGAGUGUCAUCUUCCCAAUCUUCGAAGAAUGUCAAAGAAGGCGUGACAAUGAGAGAAAAAAGGGGAGGCGCAAUGAGCAAAAUGCAAAAGCUCAGGAAGCGCCUAUCCCUUAGCUUCGGUAGAUUAUCAACUAAAGACGAGCCGGACGGGGACGCCAGCGAGUGCCGCGGGCGGCAGCAGAACGGCGAACGCGGCAAGCUCACCUACAACGGCUACUCCGAGGAGUGCCUCGAUCGGCUCGAGCCCAACGGGAACAUACCGCACGACAAGGACUCGCAUUACGGUCAGUACAUCCAACAAGUCAUACAUCCAACUAGAGAGGGCAGGGACGCCAGCGAGUGCCGCGGGCGGCAGAACGGCGAGCGCGGCAAGCUCACCUACAACGGCUACUCCGAGGAGUGCCUCGACCGGCUCGAGCCCAACGGGAACAUACCGCACGACAAGGACUCGCAUUACGAAUGGAGUAGCGGUGCCAACGGGGAGUACCGGGUACGGAGACAACUGUCAGUCUCGUCUGACUCCAAACUAUUGGACGAGGGGGCGCGGGAGGACGCGCGGGUAGUCAUGAGGCCGAAACGGCCCCCUAGACCCAAGUCCGAAGCGUUCCUCGCGCACGACCACUCCAACCGACGCACGAAGCGGUUUAGUGCCUUUGGGGGUGACUCUCCGUUCGGCAAAUCCGAAGCCUACAUAAAGCUGGAGCAGCUCGGGGAGGGCUCCUACGCCACGGUUUAUAAAGGGUAUAGCAAUUUAACGCAACAAGUGGUAGCACUGAAAGAGAUCCGACUGCAAGAAGAAGAAGGCGCGCCGUUCACCGCCAUCAGGGAGGCGUCGCUACUCAAAGAGCUUAAGCACGCCAACAUCGUCACCCUACACGACAUCGUGCACACCAGGGAAACUCUCACGUUCGUGUUCGAGUUUGUGGACACGGACUUAUCGCAGUACAUGGAGAGGCACCCCGGCGGGCUCAACCACCACAACGUCAGCCUAUUCAUGUUCCAGCUACUGCGGGGGCUGUCCUACUGCCAUAGGAGAAGAGUUUUACACAGGGACGUGAAGCCACAAAACCUUCUAAUAAGUUUACAAGGGGAGCUGAAGCUCGCUGAUUUCGGUCUGGCGCGGGCCAAGUCGGUGCCAAGCCACACAUACUCGCACGAAGUCGUCACGCUGUGGUAUAGGCCACCAGAUGUCCUACUAGGCAGCACAGAGUACUCGACGUCGCUAGACAUGUGGGGCGUUGGCUGCAUAUUCGUGGAGAUGCUGUGCGGCGUGCCGACCUUCCCCGGCGUGCGGGACACGCACGACCAGCUCGACAAGAUAUUCAAGGUCGUCGGAACCCCAACCGAAGAAAGCUGGCCGGGCGUCUCCCGGCUCCCCGGCCUUCGGUCCCACAUAGCCCGAUGGGGCACCUGCCCCGCGCGGUCACUCGGCGCCGCCUUCCCGCGCCUAAGAGAUGGCGGGAGGAAUGCGGAGAGACUCGCCGCCGCGUUACUACAGCCCGACCCGAGGAGAAGACUGGCGGCGCCGCGGGCGAUACACCACAGUUACUUCGCGCAUCUACCGCCGCGGCUCAACGAGUUGCCUGAUGAAGUAUCGAUAUUCACAGUGGAGGGCGUCGCGCUCUACCCGGAGACGCGGUACAAGCCUAGUCUCGAAAUCAAGUACAAGUAGCGCCGGUCUGCCGUCUGCGAACAUGAUUGAGAGGUAUCAAUAUUCACAGUGGAAGGCGUGGCGCCGUGCUCGGAGACGCGGCACGUCGUCAAGUGAGCCACCAAGCCUAGUUCAAUCCGUUCUGUUCUGCCGCGCCCGCGCCCCACGCGUGCGAGCGCGGACCCUAGCGUAGGCAAGUUUCAAUUCCUAUAGUUUUAAUCGACAGAAAUAUGGUUGACUCGUAUUCGGUGGACCAACGUUUCGUGAUGUCUAGGUUAAGAGCCGACGAACGGGCAUCGAAUGCCGGGCAGUAUUCGUUCCGACCCGAGGCGUAUUAUUUGUCGAUCCGACGAUUGUUUGUCGAAUAUUAUAUUAGCGCUUGUUAAGCUUCUAACGUAAUAUCCAUCCAUAUAAUUCAAUUAUUCUAUGGUGACAAGGUAAACUGAUAGGUAUCGAGUGUAUGAAUUUAAUGUAUAAAUAUAUAAACAGAGCAGUGUGCCAUAUACCUAUAGGUAGGUAUAUCUAUAAUUGAGAAGAGUAUGACGUGUUAUUUUAAAAGAUUUUUAUGCUGGAUAUAUGCUCAUAAUUUGAGAAAAAUUUUGAAGAUGUUUAUUUAUAUUUACAAAAUGGAUAAUAUCGAUGUGAUUUAACUCUUGAUGCACUGUUCAAUGCUUAUCCUGUUAAAACGCGGGGCCGCCAAAUCUAUCAACAUACCGAGCGAUAUAAACUCACGCAACGAAUAGCGAAACCAUUCGAACGUGACGUUUUUCUGUCGCACUAUUACCCUGUUUUAUUUCUACUAAUUUCUAACUAUGCCAUACUAGCGGUUUAAAAGUAAGCGUGUCUCAGAAAAACGCCACGUAUCAAAGGUGUAAGGAAACUAAGGCCCCGCGGCACCCUGGCUGUCUAAGUCUUAUGCACACUCAUUCCUUCCACGGUGCUCAAAUAGUUUGAUAGGGUCGGGGUGGUGGCGUCACAACACGCUAGCUUCGCCGCGCACCCGUCUUCGGUUGCGGGCUGCGAGACGCUCCAGUGAUACAAUGUGAAUUGAACGGAGAUAGCUUAUCUAUUACCAAAAUUUGUAUAAUAUCACGACAGAUCUCAAAUUUAUGAUGUGUGGGACCGUCCUACUGUAAAUUGUGAUAGGGGAUUUGACGAUUUGUAAAAACUAUACUAAAUUUAAUACUUUUGUUCUGUUGAUGAGAGAGUUAGGCGUAGAUAAAAUGUAGUUUCCGUCUCGCUUGAAGACUAGUGAAUUAACCAGUUUAGUCGAAUUUUAGGUCCCUCACGGUAAGGAUAGGAGUGCGAAGGUAGUACGCACCGGCACAUUGGCAGCGCGCAUUAGUACAAACCUACUUUUAAAUAAUCGAAUGUAAGGACUGAAGAUCACAGCUAUGGCCGACCAGUGUGGAAGUGGUACGCAUAGAUACUGUAAGCACUAUCCCACUAGCUCCACGAUAGCUGGGGAUCCGAGUCAAUACUUAUUUGUAAUAGAAUGCGACGCCCAAUCGUCUUGUCUAGUUUAGUGAAUUUUGAAUAACGUCUGUGAUUAAAAGUAGAGUUUAGGCCAAUUAAGCAGUAACACCAAUUUGUGCCAACAGUUUGUUAAACGCUUAUAAAAUAUCCGGUAUAUCUAUCUCAAGACGCUUCGGGGGUCGCAUUCGAGUCCGUUUCUUAUUUGCCUCGGCGGGCGUCCCUCACUCGGCAAAAUAUGCAAAUCUAGUCCAGCGGUCGCCCGACGUCGCCGCGGCAAAUAUGAAAAGGGCCUUAUUGACUUAAAUAGCAAUAAUGUCGCUCUCGGCUCUAGUAAAUUAAAAGUAGGAGUUGUCGUUUCGUAUUAAGUUGUAAAUCUGUAGCUGUGUUUGUAUCGCAGCGCCAUUAUACUUCGUUUUUUUAGCAUUAGAAAUAAGGUAAACAAUCUUGAUGUGUCUUUUAAUUGAAAAACACAUUUUAAAAAUAAGUUACGGCAAAUAUGUAACAAUUAUGAAUCUAAUACGAUCAUUUAUAUUCUUAUGCUUUCAUAAGUAAUAGUUACUGAUUUUUAAAAAGCGUUUUUCAAUUAAAAGACUUGUCAAGAUCGCAUACCUUCUUUCAAGUUCUUUCUAAUGCUAAAAAAAACGAACUAUAGAUAACUUAAAUAUACCAUGCCUUGUACGACAUAAGUUUCUUAAAGACUCAGUGUCUAAUUCGCAAACUCACUGCCAAUAAAAACAAGCUGUUAGAAAGGUAGCCGAGUUGUCAGUGUGUCCGGAACAUCUA